AUGAAAGGAUGUUUGAUCGUACUAUUCAUGCUGUAUCACGCGGGACACUUUCAGGAGAUACCCUUGCGACUUGGCAAUGGAACUCGAAUUUGGGGGCCCGGCAUUGAACGCGCCGACAAGCUUACCCUUAGGAGCAGAUACUUUUUUAUUGAACCCAGGGCUGCUGCUGGUCAUAAAGUAAAAGCAUUGUUAAAGUAUCGCAUACUGUUCACGGGAAGAUCAGCGACAGGCAAAUGUCGAGCUCGAAUCAGUCAGGUGAACCGUUACGAUGGUUCAGCCGUGAUUCGUUACAAACUGAAGGAAACUUGCUGGAAUGUGAGAAUAUCGGUGUUUUAUGGCGACCAGCGUUUGGGAGAAUCUCCGUAUAGGUUUAAGGGCAAAUUGUUUACUGAAGAUUGCGAUUGCCCACAGCUAAAGCUUGCGGAUUGGCUUCUUGAGCAUGACUGCCCAGUCAGUGAUCAGCAGAUCACGAACGAUUUGAUUCCAUUUCAUGAUUUGGAUUUUCCGUACUUACUGCCUAAAGUUAUUCAGGACUUUCAUCAUUCAGGAAAUGGCUCGCUGUGUCAUUAUAUGGUGAAGGACAAUAAAAUCUAUAGAAUUUGCUAUGGUCGGUUCACAGGAUACAAGCUCUACAUGGAUUCUCUGUUACUUUCUCUAGCACGUAAAGUUUACUUACCGGAUAUGGAAUUGUUCGUGAAUUUAAAGAUGACACCGCGAAUCUUCAAAGGUGGCAUUCAUCGAAUCACCGGACCUCUUCCAGUUUUCUCCUGGUGCGGUAGUAGUGAUUCUUUUGACAUUGUCAUGCCAACAUAUGACAUCGUCGAGUCUUUCCUGGAAGCAAUGAAUCCGGCUACAUUGGAUAUGCUAUCCGUGCAACGACGGGGAGUUCCAUGGGAAAAGAAAAUUCCGAAAGGGUUUUGGCGGGGACAGGAUUCUUCACGAGCAAGACUAGAUCUGGUUGGCAAGUCGCUGAGACAUUCCAGAAUAUUGGAUGCUCGGAUGACCAGCUUUUACUUGUUUCGCGGCAAAGAGCCAUUAUUUGGACCAGUGGCGCCGUCUGUACCUUUUUAUGAGUUCUUCCGGUAUCGCUAUCAAAUCAGCGUGGACGGACAGGCUGCUUCAUUUAGGAUGCCCUAUCUGUUGGGUGGAACUUCGGUUGUUUUUAAACAAGACUCCCAGUAUUAUGAACAUUUCUACAGUAAACUUCGAAGACACACUAAUUACGUGCCACUCAAAUCGGACGUAUCCGAUGUGUUGGUUCAACUACAAUAUGCGACGGAUAAUGAUGAGCGAAUGCAGACAAUACGUGAUAAUGCCAGGAUAUUUGUAGAGGAGCAUUUAUUGCCGGAGAAAAUUUUAUGCUACAUUGGUCUGUUAUUUACGGAAUAUGCAAAACGCAUUGCUAGCCCCGUUGAACCAUGGCCAUUCAUGCAGUCUCAGCAGGUAAAACAACCCCCUGAAUCCCACUGUGACUGUGAUCUUCCGGAUGAGCGCGAUGAGCUCUAA